AUGGUAACAGGGUUCACAAAUCUGGAGCGAUACACCAGUCUGGAGAAUGAAUAUAAUCACUUGGUGAGGUUUGAAAUCAGUCGCCACAGAAAAGACAGCAUUACCCUGGAGCAACGCAGACUGAACCGUGUGCUGAACCGCCAUUCCAGAUACCCUCCUCUGAAUAUGUUUACACACUGGAUCUUAGAGAGUAGUCUGUUUAAAGCUCUUAUGCUUGUCCUUGUCAUUUUGAAUGUUUCUUUACUAUCAGUAGAAGCAGAGUUUCAUGACUAUAAGGAUCCAAGCAUAGACAUCCUUUUGGUGGUUCUACAACUACUGAACUGGUCUAUACUACAAGUUUACGUUUUAGAAAUCAUCCUGAAGUGGCUGGACGAUUUCUGGCUGUUUUGGAAAAGUCCAUGGAACGUCUUUGAUUUUGCUGUGACUCUGAUGCCUGUUCUUCCAGCGAUUGUCCCCGAGACCUUCAGAGGUGCGUUAAUAUCGCAAAAAUUUGUGAAACUUCUCGUCCAGUUUCGCGUCCUCCGAUGUUUGAAGAUCGUUUCCAGAUUCCAGGAUAUUCGUCUUAUGUUGCAGAUAAUCUACCAUGCAUGUGGGACCGUGAAGUUGAUAUUUCCAGUGUUGGUAAUGAGCUUUUUAGUUUUUGCUGUGUUUGGAGUAGUUCUGUUCGAAAAAUACACUGACUCCAACGUUGAAGGUCUGCUCUACAAGAAGGAUUUCAAAGAUUUAUCCAGUGCGUUCAUCACACUCUUCAGUAUUUUUACCUUCGAGCACUGGCUUGAUUUACUAAAAGACAUUCAGAGAGUUCCAGAGCUGAACCAUCAACUCUGUGGAUUGUUCAUUAUGGUGUGGUUUGUUUUUGGAGCCUUGAUGACCUGUGUUUUUAUGACCCUUAUAAUUGAUGACUUUCAGGAAAUUCGUAACAAUCUCUCCAAAGAGGUGCAGCAAUUGCAAAUCCUGCGCAGAGCAGAGAUGUUCAAAGCAAGUCAUAUGGGGGCGAUAAGCCAAACAAACCAACUGAAGGACCACAAACCUGUCAAAGAUGAGGAAGAACAACCAAGUCCAAAUGUUAAUUUGGACGGCCAUACCUCGAGACAUGAGCUGGAGUGGGACAUGGGUCUGGAAGCGUUUAUUCAGGCUGCUGAGUUUCAGGACGACUGUGAGACAGAGUGCUGGCGUGAAGACAAUCUCCACAGGUACUUCGAGCUGAUGGAAAAGCUCCAGCGCAACCUAGAGGAGAUGGACCGGCUCCAGGAUAUAUUAGUUCAGGCUUUCCUUAACCUGCAUGAAUGCUGAGAAAAGUAAGAAGAAUGCAUCAGCAAACCAACUCGGUGACUUCUGUUCUCCGUCACAAACACUGGAUGGGGGACUUAGAUGUGUGUUUUUUUUUCACACAGUUUACACUCAUUUCUAAUAAAAUGUAUAUAGUUUAAAUACUUUCUAAAAUGACAUCAGUAGACAUUAGUAACAUUUGUAUUGGUAAGAUAAUAAACCUUUUCAUCUUUAUGAUAUAUUGUAAUGAUACCUGCUUGUUGGCAAUUGACUGUUUUUAAUGAAUUCUAUUAAAUCUAUCAAUCUGUCAUUCUAUCAAUCUGUCUGUCUGACUACAUUUUUAAUUUACGUUUUCUAACAUAAUGCGAUGUGCAAGCCUUGUGACUCCACCUCAGAUUCUACCCAAUUAGCAAAAGUGACUUUGAGCAUUGAACUCUCAAAAGCCACCUUGGCAUCGACGCCGAAAGUCUAGUGGGCAGUACGCCGAUAUAUAACCCUGACUUUAUUUUACAUGGACUGGGUCACUUAAUGGGGGCGUCAUUUUGAAAUCACAUGACCAGCUGGACUUGAACUUAUGGAAUCAAUUAAUCAUG